AUGGGAAAGCCAUGUACAAUUGAUAGAUUUUUUAAAAGAAAAAAUGCAAGUUCCUCAGAAGUUGCUGACAAUACAUCAUUGCCAACUUCCAAUGUUGAUAUCCCUGAAAAUCCUCCCACAAAAUCUCAAAAAAUUGAUGUUAAAGAAAUUGAUAUUGGUUCAUUGGAGCGAGAUCCUGGAUUACAUAAUCGACUAAGAUUGAAGGUCUCAAUUGAUACAAUCCGAUUGCUUGCAUUUCAAGGUUGUGUUUUUAGAGGUCCUGAUGAAAGGCCAAAUUCAAUCAAUCGUGGAAAUUUUCUUCAAAUAGUGAAAUUGUUGGAAUCAUAUAAUGAUAAUGUUGCUAAAUAUUGCAUAAUUGUUGAUGAAGCUUGUGAUGAGUCAAAGAAUGAACAAAUGGCUAUAGUUUUGAGAUUCGUUGACAAAGAUGGUUUUGUGAGAGAGCGUUUUUUUGGGCUUAUUCAUGUCUCUAACACUGUUGCAUCAACCCUAAAAAAUGGAAUAUAUUCUGUAUUGUCUCAUCACAAUUUAGAUAUUCAGAAUAUUCGAGGACAAAGAUACGAUGGUGCAAGCAAUAUGCGAGAUAAGUGGAAAGGAUUACAAUUGGCUUUAGUGGCAGCAUCGAAAGAUGUUAUCCCAAUUGAUAAAUUUUUUCCUAAAUUGACUUUUAUUGUCAAUAUUGUUGGUGCCUCAUGCAAGUGCAAUGAUGAAUUGAAAGUUGCGCAAGCUACUGAAAUUGAACAUAUGAUUGACAUUGAUGAGCUCGAGACUGGAAAGGGACUUAACCAGAUUGGCACUUUACAACGAGCUAGAGAUAUUCAUUGGAGUUCUCACUUCAAGUCAGUUUCAAGCUUAAUAAAAAUAUUCAGACCAACAUGUGAAGUUCUUCUUGACAUCAUUAAUGAAGGAACAACUUUUGCCCAACGAGGAAACGCAGACUCAGCUUAUGAAACAUUGACUUCAUUUGAAUUUGUCUUUAUUUUGCAUCUCAUGAAAGAAAUGUUGGAGAUCACUAAUUUACUUUGUCAAGCUUUGCAAUGCUGA